AUGACUAGCCGCUCGAGUUCCGCUUCUGCCCUGCGCGCCUCUUCCCAGCCGCGCGGCGGCACGCUGACCCGCCGCGUGUCCGCCCUCUCCGCAGAGGAGGGUGUCGACCACGAGAGGACUACCGCUGACCACGCCAUCCACGAGGAAAUCGCCGAGAUAAAGCGCUAUGAGGACUUCACCACCAUCGACUGGGUGCAGGAUGCUGCGCGCGAGCAGCUGCGCCGCAAGGCCCGCCGGCAGGAAAAGCAGGGCUUCUUUGAGCGCGGCCGCGGCCCUACCUGGCGCCGCAAGCUGUACGAUGCCUACGACGCUGGCCAGGCCUGGAUUGUCGUCAGCUUGGUCGGCAUCGCCAUUGGCUUGAACGCGGCCUUCCUGAACAUCAUUACCGAAUGGUUGUCCGACAUCAAGCUGGGCUACUGCACCACCGCCUUCUACCUGAACGAGCAGUUCUGCUGCUGGGGCGCCGAGAACGGCUGCAAGGAAUGGCGCCGGUGGAGCAACUUCUGGCCCGUCAAUUACCUCCUGUACAUCGUCUUUUCCACCGCCUUCGCCUUCGUCGCCGGGAGACUCGUCAAGUCGUUCGCUCCAUAUGCCGCUGGCUCGGGAAUCUCGGAGAUCAAGUGUAUAGUGGCCGGGUUUGUCAUGAAAGGCUUUCUGGGAUUCAAGACGCUGGCGAUCAAGUCAAUCACCCUGCCUCUUGCGAUUGCCUCUGGCCUGUCCGUGGGAAAGGAGGGCCCCAGCGUCCACUAUGCCGUGUGUACCGGCAACGUGGUUUCGCGCAUGUUUAGCAAAUACAAGCGCAAUGCCUCCAAGACUCGGGAGAUCCUGACGGCCAGCGCCGCCGCAGGCGUUGGUGUUGCGUUUGGUAGCCCGAUUGGCGGCGUACUGUUUUCCCUCGAGGAAAUUGCGAACCAUUUCCCUUUGAAAACAAUGUGGCGGAGCUAUUUCUGUGCGUUGGUCGCGACCGCAGUGCUAGCUGCCAUGAAUCCCUUCAGAACUGGUCAGCUAGUCAUGUUCCAGGUCAAGUACGAUCGUGACUGGCAUUUUUUUGAGGUCAUCUUCUACAUCGUUCUCGGUGUAUUUGGCGGCCUCUACGGCGCUUUUGUCAUCAAAUGGAACUUGCGAGUCCAAGCUUUUCGCAAGAAAUAUCUCGCGCAGUAUCCAAUCUUGGAGGCCACGACACUGGCUUUAGUGACAGCCAUCAUUUGCUAUCCGAACAUGUUCCUGCGGAUAGACAUGACCGAGAGCAUGGAGAUUCUUUUCCGAGAGUGCGAGGGAUCGCACGACUAUGACGAGAUCUGCGAACGCAAACAUCGAUGGCAUCUCAUCUUUACGCUGGGUGCCGCGACUGUCAUUCGGACGCUGCUGGUCAUCAUUUCUUACGGCUGCAAAGUUCCCGCGGGUAUCUUCGUCCCAUCUAUGGCAAUUGGUGCCUCAUUUGGUAGGAUGGUCGGGGUUCUCGUGCAAGCGUUGUACGACGCAUUCCCGGAUGCAGGCUUCUUCUCCGCAUGCGACCCGGACGGGCCUUGUAUCACGCCCGGUACGUACGCUUUUCUGGGAGCGGCAGCAGCCCUUAGUGGCAUCAUGCACAUCACCGUCUCGGUUGUUGUCAUCAUGUUCGAGCUUACGGGAGCUCUGACUUACAUCCUUCCAACAAUGAUCGUCGUCGGCGUCACGAAAGCAGUCAGCGAACGCUUUGGCAAGGGAGGUAUUGCCGACCGCGCCAUCUGGGCCAACGGGUUCCCAUUCCUUGACAACAAAGAAGAACACACGUUUGGAGUGCCCGUGUCGCAGGUCAUGACAAGCAAUCCCAUCACGCUUCCAGCAUCCGGUUUGCAGUUGCGCGAGGUGGAAAAGAUCCUCGCCAACAACGAUUUCUCCGGAUAUCCAAUAGUCGAGGACAGGACGUCCAAAACGCUGCUCGGAUACAUUGGUCGCAUCGAGCUUCGGUAUGCGAUUGACCGGGCUCGACGGCUGCAGUCAUUGCCACCAUCGGCAAAAUGCUACUUCACACCAGGGUCAAUGGCGGUUCAGACGCCAAGCAAUCUUGCGCCGGCGAUUUCGUUUGACACCAUGGCAGCUACCUCGUCUCAGAUGACGAUUGACAUGAGUCGUUUCGUGGACCCCACCCCGCUUGCCGUGCAUCCCAGACUGCCACUGGAGACGGUCAUGGAGCUCUUCAAGAAGAUGGGCCCUCGAGUCAUUCUCGUAGAGUACCGUGGCCGUCUUACUGGACUCAUCACCAUCAAGGACUGUUUGAAGUACCAAUUCAAGGUCGAGGCCCAGGAGAACCCCCGCGACGAGAGUGCGAUGGACGAGCGGGGCGAGAAGCUCUGGACCGUGAUCAGAGGAGUUGCCGAGUUCAUCGGCAUGAAGAUAGGACUGGGCAAGGGGAAGGUCAGAUUGAGUGAACAUCACACAAUGGGAGCUGCAGGACUCAGCCCCAGAAUCCCGCAGGACCGCUCGGAGCAGGACCGGCCGGGGCAAGAAGAUAGAGAGGAUCAAGGAUUGGAGCUGCAGGACCGGUAG